GUCAACAUGGGUCAGUGGACGCUCCACAGCGUUUUAUUUCUCCUGCUGCUCUGCAAAUCCGAUGGACAGUCGGACUUUUUAAGGAGGUAACCCUUUUUUACUUCUCCGGUUUCGGCUGACUGGGAGGACAGUUUGUAUCUUUGGAAUUUUGUUUACUAAUGAAUCUGUGUUCUUUACAGAAUCCACCAGCAUAACAGGUAUGUGGUGUGUGUGUGUGUGUGUGUGUUUGUGUGUUCUGAGAUCAUGUACGCCGUUGCAAGCUUUAGUCUCUGACAGUUUAAGUUAUUUUUUUCUGAAUCUGCCCCCCAGGUUUAUAUCAACUGAAAAAUACUUGGGACUCACUGACAAACAAAAACCAAAGGGCGAAGUAAGUUCUACACCAAGGUUCACCGUCCUGGCUCCGGACCUGCUGAGGACCGACAGCCAGGAGAACAUCUACCUGCAGGCCGACGGUCUGACCAAUCCCAUCGCCGUCUCCAUCUCCGUCCGGGACUUCAGUAAGACCAAAACGCUUCUCCAGGACUCUGUCACGCUCAAUUCGGAAAAUGGCUUCCACGCUCUCAAGGCCAUACAGCUUCCCUCGGACCAUUUGGCCCGCGAUGAGAAAAAGAACAAGUUUGUGUAUCUGAGGGUGAACUUCGAGGGCUUCCACUCUGAGGACAGGAUACUGAUGGUGUCCUUUCACUCUGGAUACAUCUUCAUCCAGACGGACAAACCCAUCUAUAACCCCGGAGAUACCGUUCGGUUCAGAGCCUUUGUGUCCUCUCCUUCCUUCAAGGCCUUUGACAGCGCCAUCACAAUAGAUAUCCAGAAUCCAGACGGUGUGGUGAUUAAACAGCUGUUCAGGACUAGAGCUGCGGACGGCGUCCUUGCAGACACAUUUCCUCUCUCUGAAACUGUCAACGAAGGCACGUGGAUGGUGACUGCAAAGUUUGACCACUGGCGGCAGAACACAUUCACCUCCCAGUUUGAGGUGAAGAAAUACAUACUUCCUGCCUUCAAUGUUACCUUGACUCCCAGGAAGUCCUUCCUCAACCUGGAUGACAGCGAACUGGUAGUAGAGAUCUCGGCCAGGUACCUGUAUGGAGAGCCAGUCCAGGGCACGGCCUACGUUGUGUUUGGAGUGAAGAUCAACAAGGAGAUGAGAAGGUUGCCUUCAGUGAAGCAGGUGUCAGACCUGGACGGAGGAGUCGUCACGCUGAGCAUGGAGGAGAUCAAGAGAGCUCACCCCGACGUUAGAUCUUUGGUGGGCAACUCUGUGUACGUCAAAGUCUCUGUGCUCACCCAGUCCGGCAGUGACCUAGUUGAAGCCGAAAAGACAGGGAUCAAAAUUGUGGAUUCUCCCUAUUUCAUAUCCUUCAAAGACGCGCCGAAGUACUUCAAGCCAAGCCUGCCCUACGACUUUGCGAUCCAGGUGAGCCACCACGAUGGUUCCCCGGCCCAUAAAGUCCCGGUCAAGCUGAAUUUGCUGGAGACGCCGCUGAUCGCCACCUUCGGCACCGCCAGAGGCUCCAUCAACAUGCCCAGCGAUCAACGCCCACAAACCCUUAUUGCUGAGACCACACAGGCUGACCUGAGACCAGAUCAGCAGGCCAGACAACAGAUCACCAUUCGGCCGUACGCGACCUUUAACCAGCGCCAACAAAACUACCUGUACAUCUCCAAAGGGGCCAACACAGUGUCCGUAGGAGAGAGACUGUCCCUGAAGCUGACCAUCACUACUGCUGACCAGACACACAAAGACUUAGUCAAACACAUCACCUACCUGGUGCUCAAUAAGGGCAAAAUCAUAAUUGCUGAGCGCAUGGAUGUGACCGAUCAGCUGAUAACCAGCGUUGGGCUGAUAGUCACCCCGGAGAUGAUGCCAUCGUUCCGUUUCGUGGCUUUCUACAGCAUUCCCUGGGUGGGGCGUGACGAGGUGGUGUCAGACUCCAUCUGGAUGGAUGUGGCAGAUUCCUGCGCCGGAGGGCUGAAAGUUGGGCCGGUGAAUGGCAUACCCCGAGACUACACACCCGGGAAGAGCUUUAGUUUUCAGGUCAGGGGUGACCCGGGGGCAAAGGUCAGCCUGGUGGCUGUGGACAACGCUGUCUAUCUGCUCAACAAGGACCGACUCACACAGGGGAAGCUCUGGGACGUGGUGGAGCACGGAGACAUUGGCUGCACCCGCGGGGCAGGCAGAGACGCCACGGGGGUGUUCACAGAUGCGGGACUGCUCUUUGCCUCCAAUGGCGGGUUGAAGACCCAAACCAGACAAGCCCUGCAGUGUCAAGGGAGUGCCAGAAGGAGGCGCUCUGCCGAACUGUUGCAGCGCAAAGCCCAGCUGGAGAGUCACUACAAGGAGAAGCUGCAGAAUCGCUGCUGCAGGGACGGCCUCAGGGAGAUCCCCAUGCCGUACUCCUGCACGCGGCGCUCCCUCUACAUCACUGAGGGCUGGGAGUGCAUCCAGGCUUUCCGCUACUGCUGCGCCACUUACAGGGACCAGGUGUUUGACACUGAAAUUCCCACCACCCCACCACCCACGACCACAGUUCCCCCCACCAGGUCCCCUCUUGUCUUCCAUCGUGCCAUUGCGCGAGAGAAAAUACCCCUCUCCAGACGUACAUUUACUCGGGGAAGUACAGCUACAUCGUCUUUUAUGCCUGGACUACCUGGACCACCUGGAGGGUCUGGACGACCCGGACCACCUGGAGGGUCUGGACGACCUGGACCUGAACUGCACAUGACCUAUACAAAUGUAAACAAAAUGGCAGAGGAGGAAACGUUGUCUGCAAUGGCGGCGGAGGAAGAGGAGGAGGAAGAGUGGGAGUACCUGGAUGAGACUCAGGUGUACCUGCGUUCCAAGUUCUAUGAGUCGUGGCUGUGGAUGGAUGUUAAGCUGCCCAGCGAGGCAGACACAGACGGGUUGGCGUCUAGGAACGUGGACAACGCCUUACCCGACAGCAUCACCGAGUGGGGAGUUCUGGCCAUUAGUUCGUCGCCUCAUACAGGUUUCUGCGUGGCCGAGCCCUACAACGUCAGAGCGUGGAAGCAUUUCUUUGUGGACCUGAAGCUGCCAUAUUCCGUGGCGAGGAACGAACAGGUCGAGAUCAAAGCUGUGAUCCAUAACUACGGCCACGACGACUUGCACGUGAGGGUGGUGCUGAUGAAGACAGAAGGCAUGUGCAGCAUCGCCUUUAAGGACAGACACACGCAGGAGGUGACGCUGGCGGCCGGCUCCUCCGUAGCGGUGCCUUACACCAUCGUACCACUGGUGGUGGGGAAACUCCCUCUGGAGGUGAUGGUAGUCGGCAGAGACAUGAUGGGGGGAGACCGCAUCCAGAAGUUUUUACGGGUGGUGCUGGAAGGAGUGCAAAAGACUGAAGUGUGGAGCGUGGUGUUGAAUCCGUCUGCUGAAGGAGGAGCGCAGACAGUUCAAGUUGGCAAGAUCGAACUGGAGUCAGUUGUGCCAAACUCUAUGCCGGAGACGUUCAUCAAUGUCAGAGGCAACGUGUUGGCAGACAGCAUUGAUAACUCCAUCAGUGAGGACUCUCUGGCGUCUCUUAUCCAGAUGCCUGGCGGCUGCGUGGAGCAGAACUUGGCCAGAAUCACUCUGCCGCUCAUCGCCACCCUCUACCUGGAGCGAACCAACAACUGGGAGAGUGUGGGGGUGCAGCGCAAGGCGGAGGCUAUCCGAUACAUCAGGAGAGGCUACGAGAACCAGCUGGCGUACAGGAAGACUGAUGGCUCUUACCCCCCCUACAGACGCGAAGGUGCAAGUACAUGGAUCACAGCAUACGUGGUGAAGGUGUUCUCCAUGGCUCACUCCAUCAUCGACAUCGACGAGCAGCAGGUGUGUGACCCUCUGCUGUACCUGGUGAAGAACAAACACCGGCUUGUUCAGGGAAAAUUCGUGGAGGACAACCCGGUUUACAGCACCACCAUGACUGGCGGUCUCAGAGGUGACGACCCUGAAACAACCCUGACGGCCUUCGUCCUCAUAGCGCUCGCUGAGGCCAAACAGGCAGGGAUCAACUGCACUCGUCCAGAUGUGAACAUGGAGUUUGUCAUUGGUAAGACAGCCAACUACCUGAAUAAAGCGCUGGCUAGGCAGGGGAGGAGACCGUACACGGUGGCCAUCGCCUCCUACGCACUGGCCCUGCUGCAGAAGGUUCACCAUUACAACCCGGCACGGUCAUUACUCAGAGCAGCAGCCCCAGGUGGCAGCCACUGGGCCGACCGUCACAACAGCUUGUUCACCUUGGAGGCGACCGGCUACGCCCUGCUGGCUCUGGUGAAGUUGGGACGCAUGGAGGAAGCCGCUGCACCCUUCAAAUGGCUGAACAGCCAGCGAAGAAGAGGCGGCGGCUUCGGCUCCACGCAGUCCACCAUGGUGGUGCUGCAGGCGCUGUCAGAGUACCUGAUCAACAGACCCCCUCCCAAUGACCUCAGUCUGGAUGUGGACAUCAGGUUGACAGGACGCAAGGAGAUCCGCUACCAUUUCAACCCCGAGACCGCCUACGCUGCUCGCUCCUCCAGGUUGCCUGCUAAUCUUGAUUUGGAGGUGGUGGCUAGAGGGAACGGACAGGGAAUACUGGAGAUUGUGACCUAUUACAACCAAGUGCAUGAGGUGGACGCGAAGAUGCCCUGCAAGGACUUCGAGCUCAACGUCACUAUCGAAGAAUCCAGCGAAAAGCCUCCAGCAGAUGUAGAAAAGUCCUACCAGAUCACCAUCAAAGUGAGAUCCUUAGGACCCAGAGAUGUCAGGAUGGUGGUCCUGGAUAUCAGUCUGCCCACUGGCUUCACCCCAGAAAACUCAGACCUGGAGAUGUUGUCCAACUCAGUGGACCGCUACAUCAGUAACUUUCGGAUCGUUGAUAACCUGAGUGACAGAGGCUCUCUAAUCAUCCACCUGUUCAAGGUGUCGCACAAAGAGCCAGAGAUCCUGAUCUUCCGGCUGCAGCAGAGCUUCAAAGUGGGCCUCCUCCAACCAUCCUCGGUCACUGUCUAUGAGUAUUACAACCCAGAUCACCGCUGCAGUCGCACCUACACUCCCCGCGAGGACAAAGAGGAGCUCACUCAGAUCUGCAGAGACAACGUCUGCCGCUGCACACAGGGUGACUGCUGCAUCUCCAAAACCGACGGUGAAAAUUUCCCCAACAAAGAAAGAGAGACGUUUGCCUGCAGGAGCUUACACCACGUUUUCCAGGUGAAGGUGCUGAGUGUCAGCCGGAGUUACUACGACAAAUACGAGAUGGAGAUUACACAAGUCAUCAAGCUGGGUGUGGAGGCUGGAGUCACAGUCGGCCAGAAGAGGUUUUUCAUGUCUCACGGAGGAUGCAGAGAGGGGCUCAGCCUGCAGCAGGGCUCCCAGUACCUCAUCAUCGGCCCCAAAGAGGACCAGUGGAACAUUGACAGUGACACUGAGAGGUUCAUCUACAUGUUAGGAAAGGACACCUGGGUGGAGCGCUGGCCUUUGCCUGCUGAAUGCUCCAGCAGUCCCAGCCUGCAAGCUAAGUGCACGGGCCUUACUGAUGCUGCAUAUGAACUGUCUGUCAACGGCUGCAGGCUGUAGAGGUGUCCCAACCAUGCUCCUGCGCCAUUUUCUCGCAAAGAUAUCAAAUAACUGUGUACCCAAAGAUUUAAUGGUCAUUUUAACCCAGCCUCAACAGUAAUAACUUUUUUUUUUUUUAGUUUUGACUGAGAGAAAAGGGAACUGAAAGUGUAGACACUUAUAGCAAUAUACCCAGAAGGGUUUUCUCUACUGUGAUGAUAUUAAAAGAAUGAGGAAGAACUUAACAACACCGGCAGGAACAAGGUAAUAACUGAAGUCAUUAUUAUCGCUAUUAUAGGCUGGCUAAUAAUGCAAUGUGAGCCAAAAUUAAACAUAUUGUUGAGAAAAGGCCGUGAUAAUACAGUAUGCUGUAGAAGAAGACACCAUCUUCAUCAUUCCAAUGAUACAAAGCUCCCACUCAUUUUUACAAAUGUACAGGGUUUUUGAAAUUUAAAGGUCAGUGAAUUCAUGUUUUUAGUUUGAGAGCAUGUCCUGCAUGCAGUAAACACAAAUAGCUAUUCACAGUAUUACUAUGUUGUUAGUUUGAAAAGUUAAAAGAUACUUAAAAUGACCUUGAGGGACUAUGAUUUCGCAGACAAAACAUUCCCUCGUAGUUUCUCUCUCUGUCGGCUGUUAAAACAAUAAGUCAAAGUCCAUCUGUCCAGUACAUUUUUUUCUUCCAUUGGUCUGUGCUACUAAAUUAAAUAUGCUUCCGACAAAUAUGUAAUAAAUUCUCUUUACAAUCAAAAGCUUUAAGUAGUAAAUUUUUUACAGAUCGUUUAGAGCUAACUUGUGUUGACUAAAGAUAAUAAACUGUACUCUUAUAUUAUAUUGUUUUUUUGUAAAUCUAAAUUUGUUCCAAAAAUGUGUGGUCAAGUCUGCAUUCUCAAGCUAGUCUGAAAGAAAGAAAUGUAUUUAAUCAGUAGUUACCUGCUUCAUUAAACAAACUACUUAAUAUAAAUACCAGGCUG